AUGGCAACAGGUGAGGCGGGUGAGACAUCCACAGACCCAAGCAGUCUCGGGCCCAGUGCCAUUGGUACUUCCUCAGCGUCAGUCAGUGCACAGGCAUCCUCUAUUCCUUUUCCUUUUAUCCCAAUAUCGAUUGCCAAUCCCACCUUGACAACCGUGGCACCAGGCACCACCUUGACCAUCAGCCUGGCCUCCGCAACUCCCAGCUCAAGUGCCAAUGCAACCGCCAGCGCUACAUCCAGCAAAUGUCCAAAACCGACUGCAUCCGUAACGACAAAGCCUACGCCUACGCCUCCAGCGACGAUUGCUGGAAGCGUCAUUGGCUCUAUGGCCGGCCUGGCUCUGAUUGUUACCCUUCUCAUUUGGUGUUGUAGGAGAAAGCGCAAAAUAACCUUCAAGCGGAAAGUGCAAAAGAUUGACCAAGAAGAGCAGUCAAACGAGCUGCAAUCCGUCAAGGAAGAAAGAGACCAAGCCCUUCGGCGUCUCGAGCAUGACAAGGCGAUUCCAAGCCCGCGUUCAUUUGACUUUGGCCUGCCUCAGGUACCCAAGACCUCCAGUCCUGUGAUACCGCACCAGUGGAUAUAA